AUGCUUCCAUCUUGUUUCCUUGACAGUGUGCUGAAUCGGAGUCCUGCCUACCUCGUCCAUGAAAUCAUUCUAGUCGAUGACUUCAGUGAGGACCCUGAUGACUGCCAGUUGCUGACCAGACUGCCAAAGGUGAAAUGUUUGAGGAACAAGCAGCGAGAAGGUCUGAUCAGGUCCCGGGUCCGAGGUGCAGAAGCGGCUGAAGCUGGAGUACUGACCUUCCUGGACAGUCACUGCGAGGUCAACAAAGAUUGGCUGCCUCCCCUUCUACAGAGAACUAAAGAGGACCCAACCCGUGUGCUCAGUCCUGUCAUUGACAUCAUCAACAUGGACACCUUCGCUUACGUGGCAGCCUCAUCGGACCUGAGGGGAGGGUUUGACUGGAGCCUCCACUUCAAAUGGGAGCAGCUGACACCAGAACUCAGGGCCAAAAGACUGGAGCCCAUUGAACCAAUCAAGACACCCGUUAUAGCAGGAGGCCUCUUCGUAAUAGACAAGGCCUGGUUCAAUCACCUUGGAAAAUACGACACUGCAAUGGACAUCUGGGGCGGAGAGAACUUUGAAAUGUCCUUUCGUGUCUGGAUGUGUGGUGGGACCUUGGAGAUCAUCCCCUGCAGUCGAGUGGGCCAUGUCUUUCGCAAGAAACAUCCCUAUGUAUUUCCAGAAGGCAAUGCUAAUACCUACAUCAAAAACACAGAGCGUACAGUUGAAGUUUGGAUGGAUGAGUUUAAACGCUUUUACUACGCAGCCCGACCAUCUGCCAAAGGACGGCCCUAUGGAGAGUAA